UCAGCGGUGAGCAUGACAUACAAAUCCCCUUAAUUCUUCUUCCACUUGAGCUUGUCCUUGAAAACAACUUAGCACUAUAUAAAAAGCUAGCUACUUGUUGUUUUACAGGUAGUUUUGGGUGUACUAUCCACCUCAAUAUCCCUCACCAAUCUCUCAUUUUCUCCCACCAAACAUCAUUCCUCAGCAACUUCUAUCCUUCUUCAGUUUCAAGAAAACCACCAUUUUUUGUUUUAAUUUGUUUUCGAUGGAUCGAGUUUUAUUGAAACCUUGUAGUACUCAUGUUCUUUAUUUCAUCCUUUUAGUUUUUUAUGUGGCAAACUGGUCGAAUGUUGUAUCAGCAGCUACAUUUACUUUGAUAAACAAGUGCAACUAUAAUGUAUGGCCCGGAAUAUUAGCCAAUGCAGGUACCGCGAAGCUAGACAGCACCGGGUUCCAGCUCACACCGGGCGAUUCUCGAACAUUCCAGGCUCCACCAGGCUGGUCCGGCCGGUUUUGGGGCCGAACCGACUGCACUUUCGACGCGAACACGGGCCAAGGAACCUGCAAAACAGGCGACUGCGGAUCGAACCAGAUGGAGUGCAAUGGCGCAGGAGCGAACCCUCCCGCGACUCUAGCUGAGUUCACAAUAGGCUCGGAUUCUGGCCCAAGUACUCAGGACUUUUACGAUGUUAGCCUAGUAGAUGGCUACAAUUUGGCGAUGAUUAUUGAGGCCAGUGGCGGUUCAGGUGCUUGUGGAUCAACCGGUUGCAUAACUGAUCUGAACCGGUUGUGUCCGAAUGAGCUGAAAGACGGGGAUGGACAAGCGUGCAAGAGUGCUUGUGAGGCGUUUGGGAGCCCGGAGUAUUGUUGCAGUGGCGAGUAUGGUUCUCCGGACACUUGUAAGCCGUCCGUGUACUCGCAGAUCUUCAAGUCGGCGUGUCCGAGGUCUUAUAGCUAUGCUUAUGACGAUGCUACGAGUACUUUUACGUGUACGGGAGCGGAUUAUAUCAUCACAUUCUGCCCUUCUUCGCCUAGUCGGAAAUCUUCGAGAGAUUCAUCGACAAUGCCAAUGAAUACAGGAACAACGUCAGCUGGUUCGGGGUCGGGUUCGGGUUCAGGGUCACAAGAAACUCCAGGCAGUUCAUGGUUUCCUGAUUUUUCCAUCGGAGAUUCAUCGAGGACUAAUUCAAAUUUAGCCAUGCAAUUUACGUUAUUUACUUCCCUAGCCAGCUUUUUCCUUUUUAUCUCCAUGUUUUGAUUAAUUUGUUUGUGCACAUCAACGGUUGGCAUGAUUUUAAAUGCUGAUGUAAACCGUAUGAUCUCAAGUUUGUAAAGACAGAGGCGAUCUGUAAAUUGUAGAUAAUUCUUUGAUAUGAUUAAAUCAACAUCUGUGAAUUCGAGUUCCUAA